CGUUGUACAGCUGUAGUUCAUGGAAAUUGUAACCGAACGUCAUGGGAGAUGAGAGAUCAGAUACGUCAAGUGUGUGGCCCACAGACGAGUUGGACUUUGUAAAUGAGUUCCCACAGGAGACACAACACUCGCCUGAAGAUUAUGUUCAACAAAUUCACCACUACAGUCAGAGGUAGUACAAAGGAUGGCCUCUUCAGACCCCAAACUUCCACAUUCAGAUAGAGCAGUUGCCAAGGAGAGGGAAGAGGCAGUAUCAGCAGCAGUGUCUGUUGUAGUGGCCAGUGCUAGGCAUGGUGUAAUAGCCUUGUGUGCUAGUGUGGCUCACAUCAUCAGAGAGAAGAUGAGACUGCAGCAAAAUGUGGUAGACUUGGAGAAGAAAUUAGCAGCGUUGGAGAAGAACAGCACCACCAAUGUGUCGGUUACAUGUCCCUGUACCUCUCCUGGACAGGUUGCAGAUUCUCACAGUUUACUUGAAUCUCCCACAUCCCAGAGAUGUGGGUCAGCCCCUCCAAGCUUUAUUACAAGUUCACUGAAGUUUUCCAAGGGUGGUAGUCAAAAUGUAACUGGAUCUUACCAGAUUAGUGAUCAAAGAAGUGUAGUUGUGGUGGAUAAAUGUAAUAGUUGCCAGCUAUUGCAACACCCAGAAAGAAGAACAUCUACUGCCACCAAUCCUGACAAUUACUUACAUCCUGCACAAAAAAAUGGUGAAACGAAAACUCCAUUUCAACGAGGUCAGAGUUAUUCCUCAACUCGUAGCCUCAAUAUUGGUCGAAGUCCUCCCUCCUCAAGUUUCAUGCGGAAAAAAUAUAAUUCCAUCAGUUUACGGCGAGUACGACACUCAAGCAUAAGUAAACAGGGUGCUUUACCAGGGACAUGGAGCAGCAGUAACAGUCAUAGGAGCAGUGCUAACAGUCUAGAGUGUCGAGGAUCCACAAGCAGGGCUAGCAGCAAGUCCUGUAUUGUUACAGUUGCUGAGGUUUACCCACCACCACCAAACCUCACUGCUCUAAAUACAGAGAGUGAUGCUGUAAGAUUACUUGCACGAAAACUGACAAAUGUCAUACAAGAAAAUGAAGCUCAACUGGAGGAUAAUCUUACUGAAUCACCCGCCUGUGACCCUAACAUCAGUGAUGUCAUGAUGCAGCAAAUUUCAACUCAGGAGCAGCUGUGCGCCCCACAUCCUUUGGCAGGCUGUGAGUGUGUUGUGUGUACACAUCUGGCAGCUGACCCACACUCUCAGCUGUACAUCCUUACAACAAAUGAAGGAUCGUUACUUCCACAAGGUAGCAAGGUUCUGGUUCAGGGAGAUCGCAUAGGUACUGUCAUGUACUUUGGACACAAUAAAUAUUCAUCAGUAAUUUCAUGCCUCCCUCGGCAUCAUCUGAAGGCAUCAGCUUCCACCAGCACUACUCAAGCAGCUAUCACUGAAGCUUCAGUUGAGUCUUCUAAAAUGAUCAGUGAUGAAACAGAUGGUGUUGUUAGUGUUGAUAGUACAAGUCCUAUUGGAGUAACCAUCACAUUGUGGCCACCAGAUCAAGGGGAGGUAUUUGUUCCUCUAUGUGAUGUUAUUUGCCAGUUGGAUGAUGAAGUGGACAUACAAAGUAAAGAUCAUCUUCUUGGUCUUGACUUAGAAUAUGUAGAUGAUGACAUGAACACAGAAGAAGUUAGACCACCUGUCCCAUCUGGCACUCACAUUUAUCCUAUAGAGACAGUGAAUGAGAAACUUGUUCAGACACCAGAUAUGGGGGACUCGGGCAUCCCUGCACCCCCCAAAAUGUAUGCUGGUGUUCGGGCAUUGAGGAAUGGAGCAGAUGUACCAGAAUGGAAGAACGAUAAUGAGGAAGCCUUCGUUCGAAGCCUUAGCAUUUCAUCAUAUAACUCUGAUAGUGUUCACAGAUUUGGGGAUUUAUCACACAGUGAUGAAGAGGGUGGAGUUGAGGACCUUACUGCUUGUGGAAUGGUAACUCUACAGAUUCCUGUACAAGAUAAUAAAUCCAGUGAGGAAACUUCAUAUUUAGAUGCCAAUCUUCAUCUCUCAUCAUCACAUGAUCAUGAAAAUGUAGUUCCAAUAAUUAAGAACUUUGAAACACCUUGUCUGAACACAACAUAUUUGUAUCAAACUGGAAAUGAAGAAGAUAGUUGCAGUAAAACAAACUGUUCAGAAUCUAAAGUUUCCUUAUAUGAUACUUCAGACUCUGCAAUUAGUCUAACUUUUAUCCAAAGACCCCAGAGCUUUGAGGAGAGCAGUGAUCCUCCAAGCCUAACUGACCCAGACAGAGACUCCCAUUUUAAGGACACCUGGGACUCGGGAUGCUAUAUGGAAACAGGAAGGGGCAACAGUGAGUCAUCAGAACAGUUUUCUAUUGUUGAGGGUGAAAACAAUCAAUUGGGAUCUCCAUGGGCAUGUAAUCUGAGUCAGGCUCUUGACUCAGUUUGGGAGAAGUAUAAAAACCUUGAGGAUUUUAGACUUGAUGGCAACUGUAGUACAAGAAAAAUGGAUCUGUCCAAAAGGGAAGUCCAACAGAGAGAUUACAGCAGUCGCCUUCAGCUUCUUCUGGACAACCCUGAGGUGGCAACUUCACAGUCUUUUUACAUUGACUCCAGUAUAACAGAACACACAGAAGUAUGAACAUCAGCAAACACUCACCACAUACUGUACUGCGCAUGAAAGAACCAAACCAAGAAGUUUAUGAAAGUACCAGUGAUGAGGCUAAAAUUCUUGCAAUUCUGUAACUGGCAGACAAGUUUUAUGGUAGUUUGAGUAUUUAUUUCUCUUAAUUAUAUUAGGUGUCAUGAAUUUCUGAUAUUCCUCAGUUUCUAUAUUUUUAAUACAAAUAAA